UUUCCGCUUUUUAUGUUGGCAAUAAAUUUCAAAUUGUCAAUUUUUGCUUAAAACUUUACAAAAAAUGGCUGUGCACACAAAACCGUUAAAAUGCAAAAUAGGACCAUCAAUUUUAAACGCCGAUUUAUCCCAACUCUACGUCGAAUCUCAGCGCCUUUUGGACAACGGUGCCGACUACCUGCACUUGGACGUGAUGGACGGCCACUUUGUCCCUAACCUCUCAAUCGGCCACCCGGUGGUGAAGUGCCUCCGGAACAAGAUCAGGACCGCCUUCUUCGAGACCCACAUGAUGGUCUCCGAGCCGGGCAAGUGGGUGGAACCCAUGGCGGAGGCCGGCGUCAACCAGUACACCUUCCACAUCGAGCCCGUGAAGGACGUGAUCCCCCUGUGCCGCAAGGUGCGCGAGGCGGGCAUGCAAGUGGGCUUGGCCCUGAAGCCGGGCACCGGGAUCGAGGCGGUGCGCCAGUACAUCGACCACGCCGACAUGAUCCUGAUAAUGACGGUGGAGCCCGGCUUCGGGGGGCAGAAGUUCAUGGGCGAGAUGAUGCCCAAAGUGCAGUGGUUGCGGCACAACUACCCCGGCUUGGACAUCGAGGUCGACGGGGGCGUUGGCUUGAACACAAUCACAGCGUGCGCUGAGGCCGGUGCUAAUAUGAUCGUAUCAGGAACUGCAAUAAUCAACGCAAACGACCAAAAAGCGGUUAUAGCUAGUUUAAGGGAAACUGUCGAAAGCUCAAUUCAUAAAUGUAACGUUUAAGGCUGCCACUUUGUGAUUCAUGCAUUUUUUUCUCUACAAUGGAGGGUAAUAAGGUUGUUAUAUUGUUAAAGUUAGGUUUGAUUUGUACACUACUUUCUUAUUUUUUAUUAUAAAUUUUACUAAUAAAUCAUUGUUGGGGAUAA